CUACAUCUGCGCAUGCACACACACAUGCACACACGCAUUGCUCCUGCAAGGUUCAGGAUGCACAGAGGCAGUGGGGCUCCGGGGAACUGACAGAUCAUUAGGAUGCAGCAGUAUGAUGUUAUAGUGCUCGGGACAGGACUCAAGGAAUGUAUCCUCUCCGGCUUAAUGUCAGUAAAUGGGAAAAAGGUUCUCCACAUUGACAGAAAUCCUCACUAUGGAGGAGAGAGUGCAUCUGUUUCCCCUCUGGAGGAGCUGUACAGGAAAUUUAGGGUUCGAGGUCCUAAUAACUCUAUGGGACUUGGGAAAGAGUGGAAUGUCGACCUGAUCCCCAAAUUUUUCCUUGCCAAUGGUCAGCUGGUCAAACUGUUGCUUCACACGGAGGUGACGAGGUACCUGGACUUAAAAGUGAUCGAAGGUAGCUACGUAUACAAAGCAGGAAAAGUGCACAAAGUCCCCGCCACAGAGGCAGAGGCCCUCGCUUCAGACUUAAUGGGCAUGUUUGACAAGAGAAGGUUCAAGAAGCUGCUGCUCUUCGCCUUGAACUUUGAGGAGAGGAACCCCCGGACCCACCAGGACAUGGAUCCGAGGCGAAUCACCACGCGGGACCUCUUCCACCACUUUGACCUGGGACCGGAGGUCAUGGAGUUCACAGCUCAUGCCAUAGCCUUGCAUUCCAAUGACAGUUACCUGGACGAGCCGUACGCCGACACUGUCAAACGCGUCAAGCUGUACUGUGAAUCUCUGACCCACCACAGCACAAGUCCAUACCUCUACCCCAUCUAUGGACUUGCUGAACUUCCACAGGGAUUUGCCAGGCUGAGUGCAGAGUAUGGAGGAACAUACAUGGUGAACAAAGACGUGGAUGAGAUUGUGAUGGAGAACGGCAAAGUGACAGCUGUGAAAUGUGAUGGAGAGAAGCUGUUCCACUGUAAACAGCUGAUCUGUGAUCCCAGCUACGUGCCCAGUCGCAUGAGGAAGGUGGGCCGUGUCAUACGGGUCAUCUGUUUACUGAAUCAUCCAAUCAAACACACCCAUGAGGCCAGCUCCUGUCAAAUCAUCCUGCCUCAAACACAGCUCAACAGGAAGUCAGACAUUUACAUAUCCUUAGUAUCAUACAGCCACAAUGUGUGCGCAGACGGCAUGUACAUUGCCACUGUGAGCACAACUAUAGAAACGAGCAACCCAGAGAAAGAAGUGCGGCCGGCUCUGGAGCUGAUUGAACCCAUCACGCAGAAAUUUGUUUCAAUCAGCAACCUGCUGGUUCCCAAUGACGAUGGGAGAAAGAGUCAGAUAUUUGUGUCCAGCUCCUAUGAUGCAACAAGUCACUUUGACAACGAGUGUGAGGAGAUCAUGGACAUGUACCACAGGAUCACAGGCACAAAGCUCAGCUGCGGAGGAUCACAGAGACACAUGUCGCAGGACUCCGAUGACGACUAUUGACCUGAAGACCAAAUGGUAUAUCAUGAUGAAAAAAACAAACAAACAAAAAAAAAACAUGUAGGAUUUACUCCCCGGUUCUAAAGCCGAGGAUGUUGUAUAGCUGUUACUAUGUAGUAUCAAUUUGGUGAUGGCACAGAGUCUGAGGUGGUUAAUAUCCAUUUCCACCUCUCCACUGUGUGAAAUCCUGUAAAACCCCACACGUGAAGUAACUGUUUCAGAAACUGACCUUAUGAUUGCUGCACUAUUUGAACUUGUCAAUGUAUUUGUACUGUCGGCUGCACGCUGUUGCCAUUUGUGUCGUGGUAUGAGACACCGCAGGAUGUUAUCUUUUAACCAUCAUUAAAGUAAUUAUGGUGUAAA